UCAGAACCAGCCUGAUUCCAACAUCAUGGAGUGCCACGAGGCCCUGCUUCGCAACAUGACGGGGGAGGCGGUGCGGGCGGCGGCGCGGGCGCGCGGGGGCGGGGACGGGUCGGCGGGGGGCGGGGACGGGCAGGCGGGGGGCGGCGGCGGGGAGGAGGCGCUGGCGCGGCGGCUGCUGCAGCUGCUGCUGCUGCGCCCGCGCCACGCCCGCCUGCUGGCCCCCCCGCCGCCCCGCGCCCCCGCCCCCCGCGCCGCGCUGGACGCGCUCAUGCAAGAAUGUGUUGAGAUGCUCGUGCGCGGCGGGCCGGAGUUGCAGACGCUACGGCUGCAGCAGCUGUCGUCACUGGACGAGGGCGCGGACGACGCCCCGGGCGAGGGCGCGGACGACGCCCUGGUGGCCCGGCUGGGCGCCGCCUGCGAUGCCGCGCUGGCCCCGCUGCGCGCCGAGCUGCUGCAGCCCGCGCCGGACCCGGGCCACCCGGGGCACCCGGGCAGGCUGCACCGCAAGCUCUCCAUCUACCUCAUCCUGGCCAGUGGGCUCGGCAACCCCACCUCCAUACAGACGCUGAAAGAAGGCAUGUCUGCGCUGGAGAGCGUGCUGCCGCUAUCGGAGCUGGACUGGCUGUCGGCGGCGCCGCGGGGCGAGGCGGGCGCGCGCCUCGACGAGCUGCUGGCCGUGGUCGCCGGCGUGAGGCUCUUCAACCGAGACUGCAACCAGGCGGGGGAGGAUAUCAACGACUUGCCGCGCGAGCUGGCGGAGGCGGGCGCGGCGGCGGCGGCGGCGGCGGGCGCGCUGCCCGAGGCGGCGCGGCGCGUGGCCGGCCUCACCGCCGCCGCCGCGCGCGCGCUGGCGCUGGCGGACCGCGGCGUGCGCCUCGCGCCGCCACCCGGACUCACCGAAGCGGAGUGCGAGCUGGUGUUCUCGUGGCUGUGCCUGGCGCGGCAGCACGAGCGCGGCUUGUUGCGGCUGCAGCAGCGCCUGCAGCGGGGCUCGUGCAGCGCGGGCCGGCUGCUCGCGCGCCACGCCGACGCGCUGCGGGCCACGCACGCUGCUGUGAAGUAUAGGACCGCCGUGCCCCGAGCCACCGUGUUCCCGCUGUUCAGCCGCGUGUGGGCGUCGUGGCGCGCCAUGCACGGCGCGGCGGCGGCGGCGCGCGCGCUGCUCCGGCGCUGGGCCGCCCUCACCGCCGCCCACGACCAGCUCGAACCACCGCACGACUUGAUCGACAACAUGCUCGAUGGCGCCCGCGUGUUGUCGGACGAGGAGCGCGCGAGUGGCGAGCUGUCGACGCGGGAGCGCCUGCGCCUCGGCGCCCUGCCCCACCACGCUCCCUGGGACCAAGCCAAGGGGGUUCAGUACCAGGGUUUCUGUGCCAUGUGCCUGUGCGUGGGCGCCCUGAUACCGAGCAACGUCAAGGUCGGCACGGUCCGGCACGGGAGCGCGCGGUAUGGCUUCUGCAGCGUGGACAUGGCCGAGGGGUUCAGCAAAGAUCCACAAAGGUACAUAAACGAAGUGUUGGAUUACGCCCGCAAUCACCCCGCCUUGGUCGACUUGCUCGACUUGUAUGAAGAACUUGACAAAGUUAAACACAUCGAGAAAUUGGUCGAGCACUACGAAGUCAAAGCUAAAACCGAGUCGAAGGAGGUCCAGACGGAGCUGCACCCGGUGCCGUCGCGCGUGGACGCGGACUACUCGUGGAACCUGUGGGAGCACAAGCGCCGCGCCUGCGCCGCCGCGACAAUGGUGCUCUGCGCGACGCACUCGACGCAAACAGUGCACAGCCACUGGCGCGCGGAGGCGGCGGCGCAGGCGGCCCCGGCGCGCCCCGCGGCCGUGCAGACGCGCCGCGACGCCGCCGCCGCCACCGGCCCCGCGCUGCGGUAUCUGAGCCUCGAGGGCCGCUGGGGCCGCCCGCCUUGGGUCGACUACAUGCCGCCGCCGGACGAGGGGGAGAAGUUGAAAGUCCUCCCAAUGGAGGCGUGUGUCCCUGGCUGCCCGCCCCCGCCCGCGCCCCCCGCCGCCCCCGCGAGCCCCUCGCUGGGUGAGGAAGAGGGGACCAGCACCAUGAUGUCUGAGGCACUACCGGAACAAAGCCAUACUUCGAUUAUGUAGAUUUGAAUAGAUGUUUUUAUCUAAGUAUGAUUUUUGCGCCUCUAGU